AUCACACACGCCAAUGACCGAAAGAUCCAUAAUCUUAUCAAUGCUGAGGCUGACGUGUUGAACAAGACCAGUUGGACUUUCCCUGCAGGAUGCAUUGAGAGGAGGCACCAUAGCUGCAGGUGUUUGCGUGUGAUGUCAAGUUCGGUUGGCUGGUGACUCAAUGUGCUAACUUGCUAGUGCGUAGAAAGGCAAGCAUUUCAAUAGUUUCAGUGUGAUUGUGUUGGAGUGUAGUAGCAGUGGUUGACUGCCGUCGUGCUGCACGUACUUUGGACCUGUAGGUCCAUCUCUCGCAUUUCCGUAAACCUGUCGCGAAGGUCCAUGGGAAGCUGCUCGAUCACUGCACAACAAGAAAAAAAAAAGCGGUUACCAUGCUAGCUCGGCUAGGCUACACGCCAGACAGACACACACCGGCAAAUCAAACACAUUUAAUGAACAAAAUGCUUUGUUGGCAACUCGUACGGCUCCUAAAACUCAGAUACUCACUCUCGAGAUAAUCCUCCAGGUACAACAUAGCGCCAAAUUGGAGAUUUAACGUGUUUAAUGGUACAAAUAGUGUCUUUCAAGAUGGCGCCGUCAGCCGUUGCCUGCUCGGAAAAAAAUAGCUCGAUGUGAGGUCACAGUAAUGACGCACGCACCAGUCUGUGCCGUGAUUGGUCCACAGAAAAUGGGCGUAAACGUUUGUGUCGCGCUCAACACGGGGGAAUCGUGGGAGUUGCAGUUUUAAAGCAAAAGACGCUCAAGUUCAAUGUAUUGAAACUAUGAGUCACUAAUAUAACGCAUGAAGUCAUGUGACAUGUCCUCCUAAUAAUUCACCUAUAGAAACUUUAAACCCCAAAAGUUGAACAAAGUGUAAGAAAUUAGAUCAUGGCGUCCGACUGAAGAGGAGUGACUUCGGGUCACAUUCCUCCAACCCCACCCCCGUCCGGGGAACGGACAUCCUGCCGCUUGGUGCACGAGCCCAUAGAAUAUGUCUAUUUUAAGUGUCAGCGAGCAUGCGCAGAAGAGGGCCACACGAGAACGCACCUGUUGGCUUCCCUGACAAAGGACGCGCGCACAGCGUGUGACAGGCUUCGACUCCGGUACCGGUACCGGCCCGGCAUGCCGCCAUGGUGCCCCGAGCCGGAUGAGCCCAAAUGGCACGACAGGACGCCGUGCACUGCGUGCGCGUGCUGCUUUACGCGCUCAACGUGCUUUUCUGGCAGAAACUGAUCUGUGUGCGGGCCUGCGUGUGCGUGUUUGCAGCUGAUGUCAGCGUGCAUUCUGGGAAUGGCGGCGUGGAUUCGGGAUUCCUUGAACGCCGUCCUGACCCUGACGGCUCACACCAGGUCAGUGUGGACCAACAGCAUCAAACGACACCGGCCAAGCUGAAAGUGUGCGUGUGUGCGUGCGUGUGCCAGGCUGGAGGAGGCGGCCGUGCUGACGUUCUCGCCGCUGGUCCAUCCGGUGCUGGUUCUGGUGUGCUGCUUCCUGCUGAUGGUGGCCAUGUUGGGCGUGUGUGGCACGAUGCGCUGCGACCUGCUGCUGCUGUCAUGGUACUUUGGCAGCCUGAUGCUCAUCUUGUGCGUGGAGCUGGCCAGCGCUGUUUGGACCUACGAGCAGCCCCCCGUCCAGCGCUCGGACAUGAUCAGCCUGAAGUUCCGGAUGUCAAACUUUGGCCAUCAUCAUCAUCAGUGGCUCACACACACCUGGAACACUUUCCAGACAGAGUUUCAGUGCUGCGGCGUGAUCUACUUCACCGACUGGCUGGAGAUGACGGAGAUGGAGUGGCCGCCCGACUCCUGCUGCUCCAAUCAGUAUCCAGGAUGUGCUGGCCACGCCCGCCGGCACGACCUCAGCGACCUCCACCAGGAGGGUUGCGGUCCAAAGAUUUUCUCGUUCAUUCGCGGGAGCACGCCGCUGCAAGUGUUGCGUUUCCUGGGCGUGGCCAUGGGCGUGGCCCAGAUCCUGGCCAUGGCGCUCACGCUGACGCUGCUGUGGGCGUUACACUACGGCCGCAAGCUACACACGAACUCGCUCUUGACGUCCGGUGGCGCCGUCGCCGCGACUCCGCCACCAGAGCCAGUGUGAGAUGGAGCGCGAGCGUCUGGGUGGGCUCGGAAGUGAGAAAGGACAAGCUCCGCCCCCGCACCUGACAACUUCCAACAAAGCCUUUGAUUUAUUGACAGACUUUCAACAUUAGAAGCACAAAAUGUUUUUUUAGCCUCCUCAUUGAACAACAAUAAUUCAUCAUUCAGAACUGUAAUAAUAAUAAUAAUCAUCAUCAUCAUUCAUAAUAAAUGCUAGAUUGCUUCCAUUGACAAACAUCAUCACAUCCAGUAUGUAUCAAAUAUAAUAUGUGUAUAUAAUAUACAGUAUGUAUAUAAUAUAUGGGUAAUGCCUCUUGUGAAACUGUCCUAUGUUGCAAUCAAAUGCUGAAAUGAAUGAUUAGCAUGUAGUCUGAAAGGUGCUGUCAUUAGCUAAGCUAGCUAGCUAGCAGCUCACUUGAGUCCAAACCUUCAGCUUCUCCAACUUCUGGGACGGAACCUUCAGAGCUCAGAAACGCGCACGGCCUCCACCCGGGACCGUCCCGUCGCGCCGGGCGGAGUCAGGCCGCCGACGGACGGCCUCCCUCCUUUCAGCGGGACCGCCUCCUGGAAUCUGGCGUUCAAACUGGAACGACUGCGGGUCAAAGACGAGGGGGCGAAUGGAUGAACAAUACACAAAACAUGACAACAUAACACAAGUACACAACAACUCGAAUGUUCA